AUGAGCGAAGUUGCGACAAACGCGCCUGUUCCCAGCACACUCGUCUUCCUUCACGCAGUGGCAUCUCUUGCCUCGGGGACUAAGGUGAGAUUCUUGGGUUGUAUUGUACAGUACGAUAGUGCCCGAAGCCAGAUCCUCCUCGAGCAUGCAUUUCCCAAGGACAUUAGCCCAGUCCCACGCAUAUGGGUAGAUAUCACUCUUGUCCUCGAAACAACAGAGUCGACUACGCUUGCGUUAGGCACUUGGAUCAACGUAAUCGGAUAUGUUCAGGCAACGCCGCGACCGAUCCGGAGAAAGAGUGGAAAUCGCUUCCAACGUGCCGCCCAAUCUCUGCAAGCCGUCCUGAUUUGGGAUGCCGGCGCUGUGAGAAUAGGAGAAUAUGAAAAUACACUGGAGGAGAUGAUGCGUACAAAGCAGCGAUUGGAGUCUGUCGGCACUUAG